AUGCCUUACCUUCUAGAUCUGCAUCUAUUUCUUUCGAAACCAAUCAGGCCUGCACUCCCAGAAGAGGAGCUUGUGCAAGAUAUGGACAAAGUAAUGAGAGAGGUGGAUCAGACACUUGCAAAUAAAGAGUUCUUGGUACUACCCAAGCAGACUAUAUUGGAGGCUGAAGGUGAAGCUGGUAAAGCGAAGACUGUUCGGAACUCUUUGAAUGAAAAUGUGUCAGAGCUCAUCUGGUCAGCAGAUAAAUACAGAGAGUGGUGCAAAGGUGACGGCCACAAAGACAGGGAUAUACAAGAAAUAGAAAGACAAAUAGCACAGAAAAGUCUCAUUCAGAGAGGAUCACACGGUGAUGGCAAUGCUGAAGAGUCUACCAGCAUAUCAGGAGACAACAACGAUAGACAAUGGGGAAAGAACGGGAAGUUCAAUGGCCGGAACAACAGCUCAAGGUCGGUGCCUAAUGCUAAUUUGCAUUCAGAAAUCAAAGAUCUUGAUCAAGUCCGGAAAGCACGGCAAAAGAAGGCAGACCAAAUCUCUCAUCUGAAGAGAAAAGGCUCAGCUAGAGGAAAGAAAUUUGGUGGGAAAAAUGGAAAUAGAGGAAAAGGCAGGAGGUGA